UGGGUGUUGGCACGAAGAAAUUCUGAAGAUGGCAGAGCGCCGCCGAGAUCUAGAAGACGUUCGCAAGUACUUCUUUUUCGUCAAGGAAAAAGUCAGCUCGGAUUGGAAGGACCUGGCCUUCCAUCUUGGGUUUGUGGGGGCAGACAUCGCUAACAUUGACGGUAGAAACAGGGAUGACAAGUCCCGCUGUAUGGACAUGUUGGAGGAAUGGUAUCAGCGAGGUGGAGAGAGAGCCACCAUGGAAGCACUGAUGCGUGCUCUGUCUGAGGCAAACUUACAGACUGUUGCGGACGACCUUAAGGAUAAAUAUCUAGAAGAGGCCAGGGCGGCAGCUGAAAGAGCCGCUGAAGCUCAGAGGCGCGCGGAGGCUGAGAGAGCGGCGGAGGAGGAAAGAAGGCGAACAGCAGAGGCAGAAGUCACUCUCACUCACUCACUCAUCCUCGCCGCAGUCGCUGUCUUGGCAUUCUCAUCAGAAGCGAAGAGGCUGGCUACAAAAGCUGCACCAUCAGAAGUUACGGCAGCAGUGGACAGGUAA